UAUCUCAGAAGUUUAUCGAACUCUUUUUAACCCCGUUUUAGGAUAGACACUUCAAUAUCAAUGCAGAUUAUAACCUAACAUUGGCACUCGAUCGACAGAUGACCAUUAUGAAUAUAAUUAUUGGCUCUCGGUAUGGGGCGGCCGCAGGACAAUUGUUUCCGGUCGGGUUUUCAUGGUGAAAUGUGUUUCCGGUCCGGUUGUCAUGGUGCGACGUGUUUCCGGUCCGGUUGUCAUGGUGCGGUGUGGGCUCCCGGUUCUGAAGAAGUAUGGCAGCUUUAUUGACAAUCUCAGAAUUUAUGUUCGUGGUGGGAGCGGUGGAAUGGGACUUCUUCGGCUUGGCGGUGAAGGUGGUAAAGGUGGUGACGUCUGGGUUGUAGCACAAGAUGGAGUAACCUUGAAAAAGAUCAAGGAUAAAUAUCCAAGUAAACGCUUUGUGGCUGGUGUUGGUGCUAACAGCAGCAUUCGAUCACUUAAGGGAGCAAAGGGAAAUGAUUGUGAAAUUCAUGCUCCAGUUGGAAUUUCAAUCACUAAUGAUGAUGGACAAGUAAUAG